CAUAUCCAUAUACACACACACACUGUAAUCAAUUUCCAAUUUCCAUCUACAUCCGUAUAAUAUCCGAGUUUGAAUCUGAACCUGAACCUGAAACUCAUCGAUAGACUCGUUAUUUAUUUACUAUCAAUAUAACUAAUCAUUAUUAAUUAGUGAUUACUCAUUAUUCAUUGUUAUAGUAAUCACAUUUCAUUUCUGUAUAAUAUCAUAUUAAUUGUUGUGUAUCAUCAGAUCACAUAAUUUCAUCAUAACUUCAUAACUAGUGGAAAAAAAAUUUUAGCAUAAUGUCAACUACAUCAACUCCGCGGAAACGUCCUAUAUCAGAAAUAGAUGAUAAUGAACUUCCCAUAUUUGAUGAUGCUCAAGAUUUAAUUAAUGCCGUCAUUUCAACUUUACAAACUCCUGAAGAACCAACUAAUGUUGCAGCUUAUUAUGCUAAUGAUAAAAAUUUAGCUACUGAAGUUCAAGCUUAUGCAAAAAUUGCUGGGAAAGAUUGGACAUUUUAUGUAAAAUCUUUAAAUGUUUCAAUUGGUAGAAAUACUGAUCUGAUUUCUUUAGGUAAUGGAAUUAAUGGAUCAAAUGGCAAUGGAUUAAUUCAUAUUGAUUUAGGUCCUGCAAAAGUUGUAUCAAGACAACAUGCAAAUAUUGUUUAUAAUUUAGAAUCAAGAUGUUGGGAAUUAAUUAUAAAGGGUAGAAAUGGAGCUAGAAUGGAUGGAGUUAAAUUAGCUAUUGGAGAAUCAAAUCCUCAUCCAUUACAUUCAGGAGCAAUUUUAGAUAUCGGAGGAACUCAAAUGAUGUUUAUUUUACCUGAUUCACCUCCAAAUAUACUGCAAAAAAUGUUAACAAAAUGUUUAUUAAAAUAUAAAGAACAAUCUUUAAAAAAUUCUAAAUCUUCUUAUAUUAAUGCAAAUAAUAAUCAUAAUUCAGUAAGAAGUUUCCAAUUAUUUGAUAAAGGUCAAUUAGUUCAUUCUUCAUCAGAAUUAUCAGCCACAUCUUUACAAAGUAAUUUAGAUCAAGAUCUAUCAAAGGAAGAAUCAAAAGAUAUUAAACCUCCUUAUUCUUAUGCAACAAUGAUUACUCAAGCAAUUUUAUCAAAUGAUGAAGGAGUAAUGUCAUUAUCUGAAAUUUAUAAUUGGAUAUCUUCUCGAUAUGCUUAUUAUAAAUAUUCAAAAACUGGUUGGCAAAAUUCAAUCAGACAUAAUUUAUCAUUAAAUAAAGCCUUUGAAAAAGUUCCAAGAAGACCAAAUGAACCAGGAAAAGGUAUGAAAUGGCAAAUUAGUGAAUCUUAUAAACGAGAAUUUUUGAGUAAAAUUUCAAAUGGUUCAUUACUGAAAAAUAGACGAGGAUCUUCUGUUUCUAGACAAUUACAUUUACAUUUAGCAACUCAUAAAAAUUUACCUGAAUCUAAUAGUUAUUAUCAACAAGAGAAUUCAAUUGAACAACAACUUCAUCAUAAUCAGGUGAAACAAUUACAACAACAAAAUCAACAAUAUAAACCUCAAUCACAACAAGUUCCUCCUCAUCAACAACAACAACAACAACUUCAUCAUCUUCAACAGCAACAACAACAAUCCUAUCCUGUCCCUUCUAAUCCCAUGCAAUCCAAUCCUUUAGCAUAUUUGACAUCUGGUAACUCAUAUUUACCACAAGCUCAGCAAUCACAACAACAACAACAACCUCAAUUACAAAGAACUAAUUAUGGAUUCCAAAAUAAUGGUCCUCAAUUAAUUUAUGGAACUGCUGAACAGCAACAACAGCAACAACAUCAUCAGCAACAACAGCAGCAACAACAACAACAACAACAGCAUCAACAACAGGCUCCUAAAAGUGAUCUUUCAUCUCCCAUAAAGCAACUCACAGAUCUUAAUUCAAAUACUCCUAAGUUACCAAAAGUAGGAGGUAAUCAUCUAUAUAAUUUACCACCUCCACCACCUGCUACAGGAGGAGCACCAUUAAGUACUUCAGAACCUGGAGCUCAUCAUUCACGUCAGAACUCAUAUAAUCUACCUGAUUCUGCUCAAUUAACUUAUACUAAUAGUUCUAUUCAAGAUGAUAGUACUGGUAGUAAUCUUAAUUCUACAGCUCCAACUUCAGGAGAGAUUGGAUUAAAUUUCAAUAGUCCAAAGAAAAUAACUCCUCUUGAAGCAUUUACUCCUGAAAGAGGAUCAAAAUCUUUAGGAAGUGGGAAUACUGCUGGAGGUAAACUUGUUAAUAAUGGAGCUGGAGGUGUUAAUACUAAUCAAUCAUCACCUGCCUUUUGGAAUUUUGUACAAUUUAGUACUCCAAGUGGUCAAACUCCCUUGAGAAAGAAUAGUGAUGAACUGAAUAAUCAGGGGAGUCCUACCAUGAAUAGAAAAGUGUUGGCUAAUUCCAAUUCUAAUUCUAAUUCAAAUUCCAAUUCAAAUUCUAAUUCUGGUGUUAACAAUAAUAUUAAUAACACCAAUGGUAUUAAAGAAGAUAAUGAUAGAUUAUCGCCUUUGAAUCCCAAAAGUGAAAUAAAUGAUAAUAAAGAUUAAAUUAUAUUUAUUAUCCAUUCAUUUAAGUUCACUAAUCGUCUAUACUUGUCAUAACUACAUAAAAACAUUUGUCAAAUGUUUAUUGUUUAAUUCUUCACUCUUGUUAAUAAGAUAUAUGAUACAUUAAUUAACUUUAAUGCAUAUAUUUGUAAUCGUAUUAUUAUUAAAUAAUUCCUCACUCACUCACUCAC